AUGGCUCCUAACUCCAAGCGCCGUUUCUCCCUCAGUGCCCUCUCACCCGCUUCAAGGAGAUACAACAAGAUCAUGAGCGAGCGACCCGACAACCGUCGAUCUGUCGACACUACAGUCACUACUUCAACACUUGGCGGUAUCCCUGUCACGGAGGUCGAGAACCAUCUUGUUGACCCGGCGUAUCGUUGGACGACCGCAAAUCGAGUUGGCUAA